GAUGUUAGAACAAACGUGAUGAAGGUAUUAACUGUUCUGUUGGUGGUGUUUGUGAUGGACAUUAAGGCACAGGACAGAAUGCGACAAAGACAUGCUUGGCAGCAGGACAGGAGUAGACGGCCGCAGCUCAGAGGGCCAAACGUGUGUGGUACGACCCGCCAGUAUUGCUGCAGAGGCUGGACCAGACCCGCCAACACCAUCCGGUGUAUCAUACCGAUCUGUGUACGAAACUGUGAUGGAGGGAUCUGCAUGCGUCCCAACCAGUGUCUGUGUCCAACCGGGAAUAUAUCCCCGUCCUGUAGAACCACACCUACCUGUACUCAAGCUUGUAUGAAUGGAGGUCGAUGCAUUGGAAAUGACCGCUGUUCCUGUAACUAUGGAUUUUCAGGACGUAGAUGUGAACAUGAUUACAGAACUGGGCCUUGUUUUACACAAAUCUCGGACAACAUGUGCCGUGGUCAGCUGACUGGAGUGGUGUGUACCAAGGCCUUAUGCUGUGCUACAAUAGGCAAGGCCUGGGGAAAGCCCUGUGAACAGUGUCCUGUACAUUCUCAGCCUUGUCGUAGGGGAUACAUUCCUAAUCUGCAAGCUCAGAAUUGUCAAGAUGUUGAUGAGUGUGCUGCUAUACCUGGGCUGUGUGUGGGAGGAAGGUGCAUAAAUACUCUUGGCUCCUACAGAUGUGAAUGUAAGGAUGGACAAAGUCAGAAUCCCAUCACACAGGUCUGUGAGGAUAUAAACGAGUGUGAAACCAUUCCAAACACAUGUGAAAAUGGAAAAUGUACUAACACAGAGGGCAGCUAUUUCUGUGUGUGUGAUCCAGGGUAUGAAACCAACGCUGACAAAACGCAGUGUGUAGUGGUGAAGAGGAAAACAUGCUUCAGUCGUAUCUCCCAGGGAACCUGUGCUGAACCCAUGGGAAUCCUUUUGUCUCUGCGUGACUGUUGCUGUGAGAUGGGAAAAGGCUGGGGAAAUUCCUCCAUUUGUCAGCUGUGUCCUGAGAAAAACUCAGAUGCUCACAGAGAGUUAUGUGAAGUCUCUGAUUUGAAAAGGAAUGAGUGUGGCCUGUUUCCCACUCUGUGUACCAAUGCUCGAUGUAUUAACACAUUACAAGCAUACCGUUGUGACUGCUAUGCAGGAUUCAAACCUACAAGUGACCCAGAUGUCUGUAUUGAUAUAAACGAAUGUCAAGAGGACCGUAGGCUGUGUUUAAAUGGACUUUGCGUGAACACAGAAGGAAGCUUCAAGUGUGAAUGCAAUGUGGGAUACACUUUGUCUACUGAUGGUCGUUAUUGCACAGAUAUGAACGAGUGUCAGACCAGUGGAAUGUGUCCCCACGGACGAUGCGUUAACAUGAAUGGCAGUUAUAAAUGUGAAUGUGACACUGGUUACAGACAGUCUUCCAACCAACAGAUCUGCUAUGACAUCAAUGAAUGCACAGAAAAUGGGAAGCUUUGUACCAAUGGCAUGUGUGAGAACAGUGAAGGGUCAUUCAGAUGUGUUUGUAACCCAGGUUAUCAACUGUCACCAGAUGGAGCCUAUUGUCUAGAUUACAAUGAGUGUGCUACCACUAGGAUGUGUACUCAUGGUCGCUGCAUCAAUAUGAAUGGUGGUUACAAAUGUAUCUGUAAUAUUGGAUUCAUGUCUACUCCUGACAACAGAGCUUGUAUAGAUAUCAAUGAGUGUAAGGCCAGACAGUCGCCAUGUAUUAAUGGAAUAUGCAUCAACAACCAGGGCAGCUUCAGAUGUGAGUGUCCUCCAAAUUUCCGUAUGGGACCAGAGGGAAGAACAUGCAUAGAUAGUAGGCGUGGCCAGUGUUACAGAGAGUACAGAAGUGGGCGUUGUUCCAGUGCUCUAGCUACCCUCAUGUCUAAGGCCAUGUGUUGUUGUAUGGAUACUGGUGGGGUCAAUAUCCUCAAAGGUUGGGGCCAGAGAUGUGAACCCUGCCCCACCCCAGGGGAUAGGGGCUACAGAGACUUAUGUAGUGACAUAGGAAGGACACCAGAGGGUGACAUAAAUGAGUGCCAGUUGAAUCCUUAUAUAUGUGUGAAUGGAGCAUGUGAGAACAGGGAUGGCAGCUACAGAUGCUUAUGUAAUCCAGGAUUUGAAUCUGAUCCAACUGGAAAGUUAUGCAUUGAUAUUGAUGAGUGUGUGAAGUACCCUAGCUAUUGUGAUGGAGGACAAUGUCGAAAUACAUUGGGAAGCUACCACUGUACAUGUCCAGCUGGAUAUCGGUUUAAACAACAAACCUCCAGCUGUGAAGACGAGAAUGAAUGUGAAAGCAACCCAUGCACCGAUGCAGAUUGCAAGAAUACUCCUGGCAGCUUCCGUUGUAUUUGUCGAGAGCCAGGUGCCUCCCUUGACUCUACAGGCAGGAUCUGUGUUGACAACAGAAAGGGAGCAUGUUGGCUGGAGAUCCGUAAUGGAAUGUGUGAAAACAAUAUGAGGGCACUGGUUACCAAGGGCGAGUGUUGUGGAAGUAUUGGCAAAGCUUGGGGCAGCCCUUGUGAGAUAUGUCCACCAGCAUCACAAUUAAAAUGCCCCCCUGGCUAUGCACCAAAAAGUGGAGUUUGUAUUGACAUCAAUGAGUGUGAGCUGUACUCAAACCUGUGUCAGGGGGGAGGUGAAUGUGUGAACACACCAGGAUCAUUCACAUGUAAUUGCCCACCAGGCCUAAGUCUUGAUUCCACAGGACGCACUUGUAUUGAUAUGAGAGAGUCUACCUGUUACCUGGGCUUCUCUAGAGGCAUCUGCACCAAACCUCUUUCAGGUCUGUAUCUGAAAGCUGACUGUUGUUGCUCACUGGGUAGAGGCUGGGGAACCGUUUGUGCUGCCUGUCCAGCUCGUGACUCAGUGGAGUACCAGGCUCUGUGUACCAAUGGAGGUGGCAGACCAAAAGACAUCAAUGAGUGUAUGCUCUAUCCAGGAAUCUGCAGUAACGGCAUGUGUCAAAAUACAUUUGGCAGUUUUGUAUGUACCUGUAACCAAGGAUUUGCUCUAGACAACACUGGCUUCAACUGUACAGACAUUGAUGAGUGUCGUAUCUCAUUUGGAGUAUGUGGUAAUGGAACUUGUCAGAAUACACCUGGAAUGUUCCGUUGUGUCUGUAACAAGGGCUUCAAGGGCAUCAUGAUGGAUCAAAUGUGUGUCGAUAUUGAUGAGUGUGAUGAGCAGCCAGGCCUUUGUAGAGGGGGCUCCUGUGUCAAUACCGUUGGUGGUUAUUUUUGUGAGUGUCCAGAUGGUCAUGUCCUUUCACCUGAUGGUCAGUCCUGUACUGAUGUGGAUGAGUGCUCAGAGAGCCAGAGUAUCUGCAAUAAUGGAAUAUGUGAGAACUUCCUGGGUGGUUAUCAUUGUCGUUGUUUUGAUGGCUAUAUCGCCACCCGAGAUCACACUACCUGUGUAGAUGAUAAUGAGUGCGCGGAAAGAAAUGGUGGAUGUGCGUCAUUGUGUGUUAACACUCCCGGGUCAUUUGUAUGUGGCUGUGACCCAGGCUUUGUACUGCUCCCUGACCAGAGGUCAUGUGGUGAUGUAAAUGAAUGUAAAGAGGAGACGGACAUUUGUCAGGGUGGAAAAUGUACAAAUCUACCUGGGAGUUAUAAAUGUACCUGUACUGAUGGCCUGAUUCCUUCUGUUGAUGGGAAAAUGUGUUUAGAUGUUGACGAAUGCUUGGCUAACAGGAACCUGUGUCUGAAUGGACAGUGUCAAAAUAACUACGGAUCAUAUGUUUGCAUCUGUGAAACAGGAUUCUCUGUCAAGAUGGAGACAAGGAAUCCAGGGUGUACAGAUGACAAUGAGUGUGAAUUGGGUACAGGUGGGUGUGAUUCCCAUGCAGUGUGUAUCAACACCAUCGGCUCCUACAAGUGUGACUGUAAACCAGGCUACACAGGCGAUGGAUUUACAUGUAGAGACAGUAACGAAUGUACACGUGACAAUGGAGGCUGUGAUCUUGAUGCUACCUGUAUCAAUGUUCCUGGCAGCUUCAAAUGUGUCUGUGAUGAUGGCUUUUCUGGUGAUGGUUUCCAAUGCAGAGAUGUGGACGAGUGCACACUCGAUUCAACACUGUGUAGGAAUGGUCAGUGCCUCAACUUCCCUGGUGGAUUCCGAUGUGACUGUGACAUGGGGUUCGCCCCUACAGUAGAUGAGAAGGCAUGUGUAGACAUAAAUGAGUGUGACACCUUUCACAACCUAUGUGUCAAUGGCGAGUGUGAAAACCUGGUAGGUUUGUUCAGGUGCAACUGUAACCAAGGCUUUAGACUGGACCAGUCAGGUGGCAAUUGUACAGAUAUAAAUGAGUGUACCAAUCCUGACAACUGUUUGUAUGGGACAUGUGUAAACACUGAGGGAGGCUAUAUCUGUCAAUGUCCUGCUGGCUAUGAAACCAACCCCACAGGAACAGGCUGCAUAGAUAAACGACUGGGCACCUGUUACAUGACAGUUCCUGAGAAUCGACCGUAUGGAAUAUGUACCGAUGUGAUAACCCUGGACACAUACCGCGCCACUUGUUGUUGUAGUAUUGGAAAAGGAUGGGGAGAGGAUCCUGGCUACUGUGAAAAGUGCCCUGUCAAUGGUACAAGUGAAUAUAAGACAUUAUGUCCAGGUGGGCCUGGCUUUAAGCCCUCAAUUGACCUCAUCCUGGAAGAUAUCGAUGAAUGUGAGGAGCUACAGAACAUAUGCCAGGGUGGUGAAUGUCAAAACACAUUUGGCAGCUUCAUCUGUGUAUGUCCGACCGGCUACAGGUUAUAUAAUCACCAGUGUAUUGAUAUUAAUGAGUGUGUUGAAGACAGCAGCCUUUGUGGGGAGGGAACUUGUAUGAACACUGAGGGCAGCUACAGGUGUGUGUGUCCAAAUGGCUACAUACCCAUGGAGGGUGACAUUGAUUGUAUGGAUAUGAGAAAGGGUGAUUGUUUCCCCACCUACUACACCACAACCCAGCCUCCCUUUACCCUGGUUUGCGAGAAUCCCAUCGCUUACAACAUCACCAGGGUUGACUGCUGCUGUUCUAUUAUUGGACAAGCCUGGGGGCAGCCUUGUGAGACUUGUCCUGAAAAACGCACCGCUGCGUAUGCAGACCUUUGUGAGCCUGAAAGGAUAGGAGAAGGUAUCAAUGAAUGUGAGAAAUUCCAAGGGAUCUGUGAAAAUGGUCGCUGUAUUGAUACAGUGCAGAGCUUCAGAUGUGAAUGUAAUGAUGGCUUUGAGUAUAAUCCAACAUCCUACAAGUGUGAAGACAUUGAUGAAUGCCGUUUGACAGGAGAAUCACCUUGUAGAGGUUAUGCUCAGUGUAAAAAUACUCCAGGCAGCUUUAAAUGCCAGUGUCCACCUGGGUAUAAGCUCUCAUCUGGGGGACGGCGCUGUCUUGAUGUGAAUGAGUGUGAGGAGCUGGCUGGUGUGUGUAUCAAUGGAGAAUGUGAUAACCUCGAUGGCAGCUUCAGAUGUACCUGUUUGCCAGGAUUCCGACUCAACACUAACAGAGAUGCCUGUAUUGAUAGAAAUGAAUGUACCGCAAGACCAGGGCGCUGUAGGAAUGGAACUUGUGAAAAUCUCAUUGGAGGAUUCCGUUGUCAUUGUUCUCCUGGGUUCAUUGUAUCUGAAAACCAAGACUGUCAAGAUGUCAAUGAAUGUCUGGAUCAGAUCGGUUUGUGUCAGAAUGGCCGCUGUGUUAACACAUUGGGCAGCUUCACUUGUGCAUGUCCACAGGGUUACCAGAUAACUAGAGAUGGCAUGGAUUGUCGAGAUAUUGAUGAAUGUGUGGAGAAAGAUAACAUUUGUCUGGCAGGAAGCUGUGUAAACAGUGAGGGAUCAUACAGAUGUAUCUGUAAUGAAGGCUACAUGCUUCAACAGUUAGACAACAACCAGUUCUGUAUUGAUGUGAAUGAGUGUGAGACUAUCGCAGGUGUAUGUGCUAAUGGUCAAUGUGAGAACAUUGAUGGAGGAUAUCGCUGUCAAUGUCCCCCUGACACCAUUCUUACUGACGAUGGCAUGAUGUGUCUAGAUGUAAGAGAAGGAAACUGCUUUGGAAGAUUUGAAGGUGGUCUUUGCCUAAAUGCCUUCACUAGGAACAUGACAAAAGCGAUGUGCUGUUGUACAGUUGGACAAGCAUGGGGAAACACCAACCAGUGUGAGGUGUGUCCUCAGCGAGGUGAAGCCAGUUUUAAAGCAUUGUGUACAGAUGACGAAGGAGUCAUCAUCAGCCCGGAUGGAGGAACAAUGGAUGUCAACGAGUGCAUGAUGUUCCCUGGCCUCUGUGAGAAUGGACUGUGUGUCAACACAGAUGGGUCAUUCCGGUGCGAGUGUGGUCAAGGUUACAAACUGGAUGACACAGGUCGCAGAUGUAUUGAUGAUAAUGAAUGUUUGGUUGGUAACAUCUGUGGGAAUGGAACAUGUACCAAUGUUGACGGAGGAUUUCAGUGUAACUGUGCUGAUGGAUUUUUACCGGGCAUGGACAAUACCUGUGAAGAUGUCAAUGAAUGCCUUACUGACCAGAACAACUGUGCCUUCCGCUGCGUUAACAUUCCUGGCUCCUUCAGAUGUAUCUGUCCUAAAGGGUACAACCUGGCACCCGAUGGCAUUCACUGUCAAGAUGUGGAUGAGUGUCAGAACGGAGACCACCAGUGUCGAUACGCCUGUAAGAAUCUUGUUGGUACAUUCAUGUGUGUCUGUCCUGAAGGCUACAGGGAAGUUGGACACAAUGAUUGUAGAGACAUUGAUGAGUGUGCCACACUUCGGGAUGUCUGUAGGAAUGGCCGCUGUAUCAACACUAUUGGAGGCUACAGAUGUCGUUGUCAGCCUGGCUUCUCUACUAGUCUGGAUGGCAGGGAAUGUCGAGAUACGAGGGAAGACUAUUGUUUCUUCGAUUUGGUUGGUGGCCGCUGUAGAAUUGUGCCAUCCAUAAGGAGAACCACACAGGUCGAGUGUUGCUGUACAGGAGCUGCUGCCUGGGGCCGAGGCUGUGACAGGUGUCCUCUUGUCAAUUCAAGACAAUUUAGAAAGCUGUGUCCAGAUGGAAUUGGCAAGAGACCUGGAGGAGAAGAUAUCAAUGAAUGUCUGCUGUUCCCUGGGAGAUGUAAGAACGGCCAGUGUAUCAACAAGCCAGGAUCUUACGGCUGUGUGUGUGACCGUGGCUACAAGACUGAUCAGACAGGCACCAGGUGUAUUGAUGUAAAUGAGUGUGAAGACCAGCGUUCACCAUGCGAGUUCACAUGCCUGAAUCUAGUCGGGAGUUACAAGUGUACCUGUCCACCAGGAUAUGUUCUUAAUAUGGAUGGCAAAACCUGCCGAGAUCUGGAUGAGUGUGCCACUAUGCAGCAUAACUGUCAACACCAAUGUAUCAACACAGUAGGCAGCUUUGAGUGUGGCUGUGCUACAGGAUUCCGCCGUGGCAUGGGAAACAGAUGUGUUGAUAUCAAUGAGUGUGAGGAGCAGCCACAAUUGUGUGGAUCCAAGGGUACCUGUAAAAAUACACCAGGCAGUUUCAGAUGUGUAUGUCUUAGAGGAUACACUGUGGACGAAUCUGGGACAAAUUGUGUAGAUAUUGAUGAAUGUGCUAAUGGGAAGUGUACAGAUGGCUGUGAGAACACUAUUGGUGCUUACCGAUGUCAGUGUCCGCCUGGCUACACUCUCCAUCCUUCUGUUGACCAGUGUAUUGAUGACAAUGAGUGUAAUAAUCAAGGAAUGUGUGGAACUGCAGAGUGUAGUAAUGAAGAAGGAAGUUACACCUGUUUCUGUCCACCAGGACUUGAGUUUGACCCAAACCUUAUGGCUUGUGUUGACCUUAAUGUGUGCAACAGCCAUCCCUGUCUGUUUGGCUGCUUACCCAAUGGGAUCACCUUUGUCUGUGGAUGUCCAACAGGCUACCAGAGUAUUGGACAAGGGCAUUGUGUGUCUACUAUCACACCACCAGAAGGUGACCUGAAUGAACUGUACCCCAACGGUAAUAUCCCUCAUGUUAAAGCACCAACAGAUGGGUCAUUACCACAUGGGGAGGGGUGCUAUGAGUGUGAUGUUGAAGACCAGGACCUACCCCUCACCAAACGCAGUAAGAGGGCUACUGGACAUCAAAACCACAAGGUACAAGACAAUGGUAAGAAGAGAAACCAUGCUAAUCAGAUGUCAAGCAAUGCCUCAAGGUCAAAUCAGAGUGUCCUUGACCCAGAUAAGCCAAUCGUGCUGUAUCUGAACAGGUCCACUAUCCGACGGAAAACAAAAGUGAUGAAGGUGCUCCCAGCUCUGGCAGCACUCAAGAACAAUAUCAGAUACUCUAUUGCACGUGGCAAUGAGCGACAAAUUUUCACCAUGCAUGAACGGAAAGGCAUUAGUUCUUUACGGUUCAGGAGGAAACUUCACAAACCUAAGAUGUAUCGCCUUCGUAUCACAGGUCGGCCUAUUAAGAAGAAAACAGAAAUUGCUGGUAAAAAUGUAAACCUUAAGAAAGUAGCAAUUCGACUAGAUAUUCACCUGGUAUGAGGCUGUAGAAGUUGAUGUUUAAGUGGAGAAUAUACUGAUAUUAAAAUUGUAGAAUGAUACUCUUUUGUUGGCCGUUUAUAAUGCAGCACAGACCUGAGGCAAGGAAGAUAAGUCUGUAACAAUUUGGAUAUUAUGCAUGCAUGGCCAAGGAUUUCCUUAUAUAGUACAUGUAGUUUAUAAUACAGACAUAAAGGGAUUGCCCUUCAGUACACAGGGGGCUACCUAGCACUUCCCCACAGGUAGAAAGCAAUCUGUAUUUAAGAAAUGUAUAUCAUAAUGUGGUGCUACAUGUAUGGUUUUGUAUGAUGAGUUUUAUUAUUAAGGUACGUUGUAUGGUAAGGUUAAUCAAUAGCUAUUUGAGAGCAAGUUCAGUGUCUGUUUGUUGCAUGCUUUCUGAAUCAAAUUGAUUCUAUGUCAAAGUUGUAGGAACUUCUCUGUGAAGUUGUGGGUUAAUUUUAUCAACUCAAAGCAUUAAUUCUGUUUCAAAUUUGGAAAAAAACUACACAAAGCAUUAAUCCUUGACUUCCUUUAUUCAAAAACUUAACCUCAAGAUUUCUUUAAAAUACCGAUGAAACAUUUGAAACUACAAAUAGUUUUCUACAGAAGAUUUUGAGUAUUGUUAAAACUAAAACUUUUCCUAACAUUCCUAUAAGUGAAAUGGCAUUUUGUUUUCAAUUUUUAUUACUCAUACUGUUUACAAAAUUCAAUUUUAUAGAGUGUAGACAUUAUACACUUGUCAUGAUCAGGACAAAUGGAAGAGUACCAUAACUGAACCCUUGCAGUAUUAUACAGAUUAUGUUUGUAGGACAAGUGGCAACAGAGAUUUUCUUUCCUUUUGGGCAGUCUUACCCAAUAUAUAAGGUUACAUGGUAUGUUUGCAGUUGUCUUUCAAGCUAAACUGUAUAUUACAACAUUUAAGUCAAUGUGAUCAGUUCAGGCCCCAUGGACCUUUUGUAUUUAAUUUUCAUAGAAUCAGCUAUCUGUCAUUCGUUCAAUUCAUCUUGCAAUAUAUGUUAUUUUAUACCAAUCUUUCGAUAAUGAGAACACACAGAGACCAGCGCUAUUACAUGCUUAAUCUUAUGUAAUGAUAUAGGUUUAUCAAGCACCUGCAUGUUAGAUUAACUGUUAGAAUCCAUAUAAGUAGUGUAUGUGAAGUGACACAGUAGAUAAUGUAAAAUCUCAUUCACAUUGUUUUACAUUAAAUGUUUACUGAGAUGUAUUAGGUAGACUAUAUUUAUGUGCAGCUAGAAGUACCCAUCCUAUUUUAACCAUGUAUAGAUUAUAUAUAGUGCUAAUAUAUGUGAUAUAACUAUGGUAAGAGUGCUGGUGUGAGAGAUCCUACUCCAGUGUAUUCUGUCUGUUGUUUGAAUGUGAACAAAUGGGAUACACUUCAACACAGUAAUAAAAAAUCCAUGGAUACAAAAAAAAUGGAGCACCAGAAUAAUCUGGGAUAUGAUGAAAGUUAUAUCCUAAAACUGUCACAUCAAGUACUUAAAAUACAUUUGGUAGUUUCUUGUUUUUCGAGAAAACUGAGGGUUAAAUGCAACCAAGAGAGAAAUACAGCAGAACAAUGUCAGAGAACAUUUAAAUUUAAUUCAGGUGUUUUUUAUUAAUUAAAGAAGUAAAGGACAUACAUACAUUUAUACAAGAAUCUGAAACAUUGAAACAAAUUUUUAAAGUGACAUCAGGAUCGACAAACAUAGAGGAUACUUACAGAAGUGGUGAACAGCUACUUGCAAAUGUCUACACAAAUGUGCCUUGAGACUUCCACCAUGGAGGGGAAACUUUUUGUAAACUUAUACAGAGUUUUAACUAAUAAAUGUGAUACUGGACAUCCA